AUGGGGCUGUCCCCGUCUGCCCGAGACUUUGUCUGGUUACCUGCGGGGCGAAACCCUACUGUGGUACUGUCGAGCACAGUUAAGCUUCCAGCAACCUUACUCGACCUGGCCGAGGAUCACUAUCACUCUGCAGAUCUCCCGCCGGGCUGUGUGUUCGUCACAUCUCCUUCCUCUCUCCCAACUUACUCGGUGCUGUCAGAGCAACCCUAUCUGAACACAGGGCUCCCCCGUGCUCAUCGCAUGAUGCUCCGUCCCAUCAUGUCGACUGGUGGCGUCCCUAGCUGCCAGAGCCUCAACGUCCCGACCACGGCCAUGCCUGUCCACAUGCGCCAAGCGGCCGACCUCUUCCCUUUCUCGUCCUCUGUCGCGCGCCUCGCCCACCACCCUGCCUUCUGCCUCCCCAUGCUCCCCUGCCCUGCCGCACCGCACACGUUCGGGGACGGCAGGGCAGUCUCAGGGGACCUCGUCUCACCAUCCCUGCCACCCAUCAAUGCCCAGGGCACGUAUGAUCGGCAUUGA